AUGAGCAAAGUCAACCUUCGUGGUAAAAGACUGUCUAAUAUUCCAUCAAAUAUACCACGCGAUGUAAAUUUUUUAGAUGUUAGUUUAAAUCAAUUAGAUAGAGUUCCAUCAGAUUUAUCAUCAAUGACAAAUUUAACAAAGAUAUCAAUAUCAUUCAAUAAAUUUACUUCACUAACUUCGUUGUAUAAAUUAAAGUCAUUAGUAAAUGUUGAAAAUAACUUAAAUCCUAUUUCAGUAAUUGAUAAAGGUUUAUCAAAAUUGACUAAUCUUAAAGUAUUGGUUUGUAAUAAAAAUACAAUUAAUACAAUACAAGAAGGUACUUUUGCACCUGAAUUAACUACAAUUUCAUUAGAAAUGAAUUUUAUUACAACAAUACCAAUAUCUUUUGGUUUAAUGCAUCAUUUAAAACAAAUCACUUUUGCUGGAAAUUGUUUAAUGUCAUUUCCUGUAGCAUUAACAAGUAUUAGUUCAUUAAGUUCAUUAAAUCUUAAUGACAAUGUUAUUAAAGUUAUUCCUGAAUCUAUUACUAAUAUGCGUUCAUUGGUUAAAUUAAUGAUGAAUGAUAAUGAACUUACUAUUAUUCCAAUGGAACUUUUUACAAUGCCUUCUUUACAAUCAAUUCAAUUUAAUAAAAAUCGUAUAACAAGUUUACCUGAUAUUCCUUUCUUAAAAGAAUGUCAUUUAGAAGAGUUAAUAUUAAAUAAUAAUCAUAUUGGUUCAAUUACUUCUUCAAUAACAAAUUUAAGUUCAUUAAGAAAUUUUGAAUGUGAAAAUAAUAAUAUAUCAACUCUUCCUUGUUUAACAACACUCACAGCAUUAACUCAAUUAAAUUUAUCUAAUAAUUCAUUUUCAACUAUAGUCUCUUUACCUCCAAAUUUAAAAUCAUUAUAUUUACCUUUUAAUGAAUUAGUAGAGUUAUGUCUUCCAUUGCCAUCUACUCUCACUGAAUUAUUAUUAGAUAAUAAUAAACUUCUUUCUCCUCCAUUAUUAUCUACUUUAUCUAACCUUCGUUCAUUAAAUCUUUCUGCUAAUCAAAUUUCUUCUUUUCCAACUGAAGUUACUAUUUUAACUGCUUUAACUGCAAUUAAUCUCACAAGUAAUUGUCUUUCUUUAUUACCUGAAGUUAAUACUGAACAUCUUCAUGUACAAAAAUUUAAUGCUUCUUUUAAUCAUUUCGUUACUUUACCUAAUUCAUUACUUUCUAUGACUUCAUUAACAUCAUUAGAAUUAACUGAUAAUAACCUUCUAAUUAUUCCAUCAAAUUUUACUGUAUUAAUUCAUCUUCGUUAUCUCUCAUUAUCGUCAAACAACUUAACAACUUUUCCUAUUCAAAUCUGUAACUUUAGUAAAUUACAAGCAUUAAUUAUUUCAAAUAAUAAUUUAUUUGAACUACCAUCUCAACUUACUUCAUUAUCAACUUUAACUACAUUAGACCUUUCUUUUAAUCAUCUAAAUUCUAUUGACGUAGUAACUCAUUUAAUUCACCUCCAGUGUCUUGACGUUUCUUCAAAUGACCUUGUAUUACUUCCUGAUGGAUUAACAAAACUCUCCUCAUUAAUUUUUCUGAAUCUCUCGGAAAAUAAAAUUACCUCAAUCAACAAGUUAUUACUAAAACCUUCUUUAUUCCUUAACCUAACAAAUAACCAAAUUACUUCUAUUGGAGAUAUUGAUGAAAACCAAUUUGUAUUAACUAACUUUGAUUGUAAUCCAUUUAAACAACAUCAUGUUACAGAAGAAGGAAAAAGUUUAUCAAUGACCAAUUCAAGUUUAUUUAAAAUUACUGUAGCACAUGCAGAAAUGACUGGAUUACGUCCAACUUAUGAAGACUCACUUGAACUUGUUCCUAAUUUUAUGGAUAAAAAAGGAAGGAGUUUCACUGCUGUAUAUGAUGGUCAUUCAGGACAGGUAUGUCCUAAUUAUGUUGCAAAACGAUUUCAUUGUGUAAUUGAAAUAUGUUUAAAUGAAGGACUAGCUCCAGUAAAUGCUUUAAAAGAAGGGUUUAAUAGGAUGCAAGAAGAAAUUGUACAAAAAGGAAUAGAAGAUGGAUGUACUGCUGUUGUAGUCAUGAUUCUAGAUAUGAAAAUGUAUGUUGCGUGGGCAGGUGAUUCUAGAGCUGUUUUAUGUCGUGGAGGUAAAGCAAUUCAAUUAUCUGAAGAUCAUAAACCAAAUGGAACAUGUGAAAGAGAAAGAAUUAUUAGAAUGGGUGGACAUGUUUUUGCAGGAAGAGUUAAUGGAGAAUUAGCUAUUUCACGUUCAUUUGGUGACAUACAAAAUUCACCAAUUGUUUCUGCUGUUCCAGAAAUAAGAGAAUAUGAUAUUAUGGCUAAUGAUGAAUUUGUUAUUGUAGCAUGUGAUGGAGUUUGGGAUGUAGUUAGUAAUCAAAAAGCUGUUGAUAUUAUUAAAACAUCCAAAUCAUUAAGUAUAGGUUCUGUAAGAUUAAGAGAUUUUGCUUACAGCAUGGGUUCUCAAGAUAAUAUUACUUGUGCUGUUGUAACUGUUCCUUUUUGUUAUUAA